GGCCGGAGCGGCGGGAUGCGGCGGGGAGCGGGAGCGGGAGCGCGGCGGCGAUGGCUGGUGCUGGCGGCCCUGCUGGGGGUCCUGCGCGGCGCCGCGGCGGGGGGCGGCGGGGGCCGGCGGGCGGCCAGCCUGGGCGAGAUGCUGCGGGAGGUGGAGGCGCUCAUGGAGGACACGCAGUACAAGCUGCGCAACGCGGUGCAGGAGAUGGAAGCUGAAGAGGAAGGGGCAAAAAAACUGUCAGAAGUAAGUUUCGAAAACUUACCUCUUAACUACCAUAAUGAGUCCAACACGGAAACCAGAAUUGGUAAUAAAACUGUUCAGACUCAUCAAGAAAUUGAUAAGGUUACAGAUAACAAAACUGGAUCAACAGUUUUUUCUGAGACAGUUAUUACUUCUAUAGAAGAUGGAGAAAAUAAAAGAAAUCAUGAGUGUAUCAUUGAUGAAGACUGUGAAACAGGGAAAUAUUGCCAGUUCUCCACCUUUGAAUACAAGUGUCAGCUCUGUAAACCCCAGCAUACACGUUGCUCCCGGGAUGUUGAAUGCUGUGGGGACCAGCUUUGCGUUUGGGGUGAGUGCAGGAAAUCCACUUCAAAGGGAGAGAACGGCACCAUUUGUGAGAACCAACAUGACUGCAACCCUGGAACAUGCUGUGCUUUUCAGAAAGAACUCCUGUUUCCUGUGUGCACACCAUUACCUGAAGAAGGUGAACCCUGCCAUGACCCUUCAAACAGGCUUCUCAACCUGAUCACCUGGGAACUGGAACCUGAUGGAGUGCUGGAGCGAUGCCCAUGUGCAAGUGGCUUGAUCUGCCAGCCUCAGAGCCACAGCACUACAUCUGUGUGUCAACUGUCUGCCAAUGAAACCAAGAAUAAAGAGAAAGAAGAUCCCUUAAUCAUGGAUGAGAUGCCAUUUCUCAGCUUGAUACCCAGAGAUAUUCUUUCUGAUUACGAAGAAAGCAGCGUCAUUCAGGAAGUGCGUAAAGAAUUAGAAAGCCUGGAGGACCAAGCAGGUUUGAAGCCUGAGCCUGACUCAGCUCAUGACCCGGUUUUGGGAGAUGAAAUUUAAAAUCCAAACACCAGACAGUUUAGUUUUGUUAUUUCUAGGAAUUUUUGUCUUAGUGUCUCGCUUACGUAAACCCUAAACACAUACUGCUGCAUAGAAGUGCAAUAAAUAAGGUCUUGAAUAAGCAUCCAUUUCUGUACACCAAACCUGCAUGUUCCAAUUCCUGUUGAAUUAAUUCAGUCCUUGGAUCAACCUUCUGUCAAAGGUAAAUGAGAAAUAUGUUACUUCUGGAUUAGUAGUUGCCCCUUGUACGUUAGAAAAACUUAUCAGUAUUUGUACUCAUUAAAAAAUACAUAUAAGCAUAAAUAAUCUUAUUAAUAACUACAGAAGUGA